UUGAGAUGAUGCCGGGACCCCUAGUUGGGGUUGAUAGCUUAGGGUCUCGCUGCCUAACACUUCGGCAGUUCGAUGUUUCUGCCUGAAAUCUCCUCUCGCCUAGGUUAUCAGCUCAUUUAGUGUUAGCAGAACGAAAGGCGAGUCGGCUUGUGAAUGUAGUUUGUCUCAGUCUUCAGAUAUGCAAGACAUACGGUAGUGGAAUGUUUCAACAUAAAACGAAUCCCGGUUCUUCCUGUAGCUAGGCUUUCUCAAGUGGAAGGUUGGGAGGUUGUGAUUGACAAUAAAAUAAGAUUCUGUGCUGUCAGUUCAUCCAGAGAGAAGACUAAUUGGAAGUCUCACUAAGACCCGGAAUCUCUUCUUUAAGAGACCUGGCCAAGGCAGCAGCCACCUAAUUUAGUAAAAAAAAAAAAUACAAAAAUAACUCUGCUGACCAGGAGUGGAUCUUUUAGCAAUAAAACGUGAAGACAUUUAGGAGACAAUGUUUUAUUGGCUGAAAUUGAUCAACGAGCCGGUCUGCUGAAGGCUUUCUGACGUGACUCCGGGGCUGGGUGGCUUGGACUGCUCCUAGUAGUUGGAGAUGAUCUCGUUGAUCCAGGGCAUAAGGGCACAGACCUUGGUGUAGACACCGGGAUAGUUGGGCUGGGCACAACCAUAACCCCAGGACACGAUACCCUGGAGCACACGGUUACACACCAGCGGGCCGCCAGAGUCACCCUGAAAAUGAGGAGGAGAAGAGAAGUGAGGAAGUCCAAAGAGAAGUUUAAAAAAAACAACGGGGGAGGGAGAGUUUGUCAGACGAAGCACAGACAAAGCCGGACACCAUGCAGAUGUCCCCAGCCACAGGGCAGGCCGUCGGCAGGGCGACGGGCUGGACGAAAUCGGUGAUGGUGGCCGGGUGGGCCAGCUUCAGCAGCAUGAUGUCGAAGUCCAGAGUCUGGUAGUCGUAGCUCUGGUGCCAGUAGAUGGCGUCGACGGACAUGUACUGCUCCGUGCCCUCGUACUCCCAGAUGUGAUGGUCUCCCAGGAUGGCGAUCUUACUGACUUCAUCCAGCAGUGGGCAGCGGAGACGAUCCACUGGUCGUUUAUGAGGGACCCGCCGCAGAAGUGGUAUCCGAUGUUGAGCGAGGCCUGCCAGGGCUGGGAGUGCCGCCGUGCCCCGGGAGGAGGGCCGGAUCAUCGGGGGAUCUGAGUGCCAGCCCAAUUCUCAGCCCUGGAUGGCCUCCCUCAACUAUGGCUACCACUUCUGUGGGGCUGUGCUCAUCAACAGCCAGUGGCUGCUUUCUGUCGCCCACUGCUGGUACAACCCCUAUGCCAUGCAGAUCAUGCUGGGGGAACACGACGUGAGGGUGUUCGAGGGCACUGAGCAGCUCAUGAAGACUGACACAAUCGUCUGGCAUCCCAGCUAUGACUACCAGACCCUGGACCAUGACAUCAUGAUGAUCAAGCUGUUCCACCCGGUGAUGAUCACGGACGCGGUGCGGCCCGUCUCCCUGCCGACCGGCUGCACGUUCCCUGGGAUGCCCUGCAAAGUGUCCGGCUGGGGUACCAUCGCGGUCGACCCCGUGUACAUGCCCACACGCCUGCAGUGUCUGGACGUGCCCAUUGUGGACGAUGCGGAGUGUGAGAGAGCCUAUCCCGGCAUGAUCACCAGAACCAUGGUGUGCGCUGGAUUCAUGCACGGGGGCCAGGAUGCCUGCAACGGUGACUCCGGCAGUCCUCUUGUGUGCUAUGGGGAGGUGCAAGGGCUGGUGUCAUGGGGCCAGGGGUGCGCUCAGCCCAACUACCCCGGCGUCUACACAAAGGUGUGCGAGCUCCUCCCCUGGAUCAGCGACACCAUGGCGGCCAACUAAUGGAGCAGUCCUGCCACCUCACCACCUCCCCCUCCUCUC